ACCACUACUUGGUGUUCUACUGAUUCAAUGUCAUGGUCACUGUCAUAGGAAGGGGAAGAGAGGCCAGACUGAGAUACCUCCUGUUUAUGAGGACAUUCCCUUGGAGAAGACACCUCCCAUUGAACUCAACACCAAUGAAGCUUAUGGACAUAUCUCAAGAUGAUUGUCAUGUCAUUACUGACUUCACCUUUCACAACAUAAAAGCUCUGCUGUUUACAUAACAAGAAAUUGUUACUGUAGUUUCCUACAAAAACAUUGUCAUGUAAAUUAUUAUCCUAGAGUAACAUGCAUAACUCUCUCACCAACACACCAUCCUCUAUAGAGUUCAGGAGGUCAGGAAAAGUGCUGACUAAUCAUUUUGGGUGUAUUUGUGUUGCUUGUAUCUCGACAAAAAUCGAGGUCAUAAGUAGCUAUGUUGAGUAUAAAAGGUAUCCUGAUGGGGCUGUACACGUUUGCUGCAAUAGUUUCCUCUGGAGGUGUCCAAGGUUUCUCCCUGUCUUCCUCUCCAUCAUCUGAGGAUGGUAUCAUAUCAGUCUGUCCUGCCACCACUGUCACCCUCACCUGUACUGCCAAUGGAGUUGGCUCCAUGACGUGGAGAGACCACAGAGAGAUCCAUUUAUUCAUCCCUAGUGACUAUGACAAUGAAGAGACCAGAGUACUUGAUGAUGGUCCUUACAGUCUAGCUCUGGUAGCUGUAGAGAACAGAAUGAAUUCCCUGGCUGACCUUACCUCUACAGUGGAGGUGAUGGUGGAUGGCAUUGUCAGUGGAACAAGCAUAUCUUGUCUGGUAUUCAUGAAUGGAGACCAUCUAGUCAUCAGUAAAAAAAGAGCACAGGUCACCUACUCCUGUGACACCCACCUGGUUCUGGUGGGAGAGACUGUGGCCACAUGCUCUCUCCCUUCUCUAACAUGGCUGCCUAGUAGUGAUGAUGUCAUGUGUGUACAAAAACCAGAAGAUCAAACCAACACUGAUUCAAGUGAAAAACUGAGUACAGCAGAAGCAGUGGCCACAGCAGGAGUAGUGUGUGGUGUGUGUUGCUUCACUGCUGGACUGCUACUUGGUGUUCUACUGACUCAAUGUCAUGGUCACUGUCAUAGGAAGGGGAGGAGAGGCCAGACUGAGAUACCUCCUGUUUAUGAGGACAUUCCCUUGGAGAAGACACCUCCCAUUGAACUCAACACCAAUGAAGCUUAUGGACAUAUUACUCAAAACUUCAUGACAACCUUUAUAAAUUUAAACUGUGUUUUUAUGCUCGUGUGCUACUCUGAAAUAAUCUUGAUUUACGAAGGUCUGGAAUAUGUCGACUACACAUUACGUGAAGAAAAUGGUAGUGAAGGAAGGAUGGUGCGAGGCGAGUAUAGCUGGAAUAUACAUCUGUGCAGUCCUCUAAUUGCCAGGCUUCAUCUUAUCUUUUUGGUUACUUAA